AUGGCCAAGUCAUCGACACCCAUCCAGCUCAUCCCACGCAUGACGGCGAAGGGCCCCUUCACUGUUGAAGUUCCCGGCCAGACUCCCGUCGAGGGCGAGACGCCAGUUCGCAGACAACCGCUGGCUAUCCCAGAAUUCGUCGAGCGGCCUGCUCCCGAUGUCACCACCGUCUACGAGCUUGUCCGCGCCGCUGUCGCCAAGUACGGCAAUGCCAAGUGUGUGGGGUCCCGCAAGCUCGUCCGGACACACCAGGACAAGAAGAAGAUCAAGAAGAUUGUGGAUGGUGUCGAGACCGAGGUGGAGAAGUCAUGGACCUUCUUCGAGAUGAGCCCCUAUGAGUACUAUAGCUACACCGAGUACGAGCAGUUGAUUCUGCAGAUCGGCUCCGGCCUGCGCAAGAUUGGCCUCGACAAGGCCGACCGCGUCCACAUCUACGCUGCCACCAGCGCCAACUGGCUGGCGACGGCUCACGGUGCUGCCUCGCAGAGCAUGCCCAUCGUGACUGCUUAUGACACUCUCGGCGAGGAAGGUCUCAGAUACUCCAUGGUCGCCACCAAGGCCAAGGCUAUCUUCCUCGACCCCCAUCUUCUGCCUACCUUGACCAACGUCUUGGCCGUUGCCUCGUCCGUUAAGGCUGUCAUCUGGAACAGCCAGCACCAGGUCAACCAGGACCACGUGGACAAGCUCAAGGCUGCCUACCCUCACAUCAACAUUCUCAACUUUGACGAGCUCGUCAAGCUCGGCAAGGAGAACCCCGUUGAGCCCGUCCCUCCCACCGCCGAGGACCUCUGCUGCAUCAUGUACACCUCUGGCUCUACCGGUACCCCCAAGGGCGUGCCCAUCACCCACAGAUCCGUUGUUGCUGCCGUUUCUGGCGCCAGCGCUAUCGUCCAGCCUUAUAUCGGACCUGGCGAUGGUCUGCUCACGUACCUUCCUCUGGCCCACAUUCUCGAGUUCGUUUUCGAGCACGCCGCUCUCUGGUGGGGUUCCACUCUCGGUUACGGAAAUCCGAAGACCCUCUCUGAUGCCUCGGUCCGCAACUGCAACGGCGACAUCCGCGAGUUUAAGCCUAGUGUGUUGAUCGGCGUUCCUGCCGUGUGGGAAACUGUCAAGAAGGGCAUCAUUGGCAAGGUCAAUGCUGGCAGCCCCGUUGUCCGCAACCUCUUCUGGGGUGCCCUUGGCCUCAAGGAGAAGUUGAUGUAUGCUGGUCUUCCUGGCAGCGGUCUUCUCGAUGCCGUCGUGUUCAAGAAGAUCAAGGAGGCCACUGGUGGUCGUCUCAGACUGUGCCUCAGCGCCGGUGGGCCCGUCUCCAAGGAGACCCAAAAGUUCAUCAGUUUUGCCAUCGCUCCCAUGAUUAUCGGUUAUGGUUUGACCGAGACGACCGCCAUGGGUACUCUCCACAACCCCUUUGAGUGGUCUGCCGAUUCCAUUGGUGCCAUGACCGCGUCCGUCGAAGCCAAGCUUGUCGACUUCCCCGAUGCCGGCUACUAUGCCACCAACAAGCCCAACCCCCAGGGUGAGAUCUGGCUGCGCGGUCCCACAGUGCUCAAGGAGUACUACGAAAACGAGAAGGAGACGGCCGAAGCCAUCACCCCCGAUGGUUGGUUCAAGACUGGUGAUAUUGGUGAGUGGGACAAGAACGGCCACCUCAAGAUCAUCGAUCGCAAGAAGAACCUGGUCAAGACCCUCAACGGCGAGUACAUUGCUCUUGAGAAGCUCGAGUCCAUCUACCGGUCCGUACCCGUUGUUGCCAACAUCUGCGUGUACGCCGAUGCCGAGCAGGCCAAGCCCAUCGCCAUCAUCGUUCCCGCUGAGCCAGCGCUGAAGAACCUGGCGGCUCAGCUUGGUGUUGAGGGCGAUAGUGUCGAGACGCUUGUGCAUGAUAAGAAGCUGCACAGCGCCGUCCUCAAGGAGCUCCAGGCCCAGGGUCGUGCCGGUGGUCUCUCGGGCAUUGAAAUCAUUGAUGGUGUUGUUAUCGUCGAGGAUGAGUGGACUCCUCAGAAUGGCCUCGUGACCGCUGCCCAGAAGCUCAACCGCAGAGGCAUUCUUGAGAAGUACAAGAAGGAUGUCGCCAAGGCCUAUGGCAAAUAA